UGGGUGUCCAUCCGUCCCCCCAUAUACAGCCCCCUUCCCCUUCCAACCCCCCAAUCGCUAACUUCCCCGAAGGGAGCGAGAGAGUAGUUCUCCUCUACGCCGCUUUUGCCGCCGAUCGCUUGCGCAUCAUGGCUGAACAAAUGGAAAUUGUAUCAGACAAUAAAAUGGACAACAAAAUGGACGAGAAGAAAGUUGAGAAGAUGCCCAUUGAUGAUAUGACAUCAAAAGACUAUUAUUUUGAUUCGUAUGCACACUUUGGAAUUCAUGAGGAAAUGUUGAAGGAUGAAGUGCGCACUUUAACGUAUCGUAAUGCCAUGUACCACAACAGACACCUCUUCAAAGGAAAGACAGUACUGGAUGUUGGCUGUGGGACAGGAAUUUUGUCAAUGUUUGCUGCAAAGGCAGGAGCCGCCAAAGUAAUUGGUAUCGAGAUGUCCAAUAUUGUAGAACAUGCAAAAAAAAUCGUAGUUGCCAAUCAUUUAGACAAUGUUGUGGAGAUAAUCCAAGGUAAAGUGGAAGAAGUGUCCAUCCCAGUUGAAAAAGUAGAUAUUAUCAUAUCUGAGUGGAUGGGUUACUGUUUGUUCUACGAGUCUAUGUUAGAUACUGUUCUUUAUGCUCGUGAUAAGUGGCUUGCUCAGGAUGGUAUGCUCUUCCCAGACCGUGCCACACUCUUUGUUUCAGCUAUCGAGGACAGACAGUACAAGGAUGAUAAAAUAAACUGGUGGGACAGUGUUUAUGGCUUCGAUAUGUCUUGCAUACGUGAAGUGGCUAUGACAGAACCACUGGUUGAUGUCGUUGAAUCAAAGCAGGUGGUUACCAAUUCUUGUCUAGUUAAGGAAGUUGACUUAUACACAGUUAAGAAAGAGGAUUUGGCCUUCAGUGCUCCCUUCCAUUUACAGGUUCGAAGAAAUGACUAUGUCCAUGCACUUAUUACUUACUUCAAUAUUGAAUUCACAAAGUGUCACAAGAGAACUGGCUUUUCUACAGGAACGUUGCUGAGUUGUUUUUCAUCAUUCUAUCCAUGUUGGUGAUGCAAGUUGGAUUUUGCCAAACUGGCUACAUGCCAGUGGAGCACAUACGUUGAACAAGAUUGGAUGCAAUUGGUUCGUGCUUUCAGCAAAGCAACCUGCAGCAUAAAUGGAUUUUUUGGUGAUAGUGCAGUGUACAAUUCAGAUUGCUCGUGUUUUUUCUUUUAUAUGUACUUGGAUGAGCUAUAGACUCCGCCUCUCUUCUGACUGAGUGUCGUGAAGAUGAGCAUAAUACUCUUGCCUCUCCAUUGUCCAAAGGGUUGAGCAUGGACUCUUGCCCUGCAAGGCUGUGGCCAGUAUGGAAUCUGGUUUUAUAUUUUAUUUUUUCUGAAGGUGCAAGCUUUUUAUAGAUGAGAAGUUAGUUGAGUGAAGCGAUGGUGCAAGUGCUAUGUGAAGUGUUGUAAGUAGAAUGUGGAACUUGUAGAAAAUAUUAUGAGGAUAGUUGAAAGGAGAAGAGCCUCCUUUUUUGAGAUUCCAGUGAUCACGUCUCCAUUUGUUCAGGCCAUGAUGUCCACGUCUUAAGAAAAAUUUUAUUAACUUUUUUCCUUUUAAUAUGUUUAAUAAAAUAUAAACAUCUGUACUUAGAUGAAGAACGUGUUUGAUAGUACUGUAUCUGCAUAAAAAAUAUUGUCAUGUGUUUAUAACAAGAACAUACAGUACAGUCUAGGAAAGUGGAGAAAGUUCAAACGAGCAAAAGCAAAGGACAGAUGGAAAGAGGGAGAGACCCCAUGCUGCUCUAGUCCUCUAGUUAAGGGCGUGGUAAUAUGCCAUUCCAUUGUUUAGUGCAACUGUUACUGUAUGUUAUUGAAUUAUUUUUACAGUGACAAUAAAAGAAAGCAUACUACUACAUAA